UGGUGGGCCGGCGUUCCUCCAAAGCCGCGCUACCUUCGGUUCCGCUGAGCUGAGACCGCGGCGCGUCUCUGGACUAGGUCGGGACGCCGAGCCUGUGAAGACGCCGCCUCGGGAGCUCCCAGAAAUGAACUCGGAAGCAGAGCAACAGCUUCUCCACCAUGCCAGAAACGGCCACGCCGAAGAAGUAAGACAGCUCUUAGAAACCAUGGCCAGGAACGAGGGGACCGCUGACAUUGACUGCAAAGGAAGAAGUAAGUCUAAUUUGGGAUGGACACCUCUUCAUCUGGCAUGCUAUUUUGGACAUAAACAAGUGGUCCACGAUCUGUUGAAGGCUGGUGCAAAAGUGAAUGUGUUAAAUGACAUGGGGGACACGCCACUGCAUCGAGCUGCCUUCACGGGACGAAAGGAGUUGGUGAUGCUUCUUUUAGAAUACAAUGCUGAUACUACUGUUGUAAAUGGGAGUGGACAGACAGCAAAGGAAGCCACUCAUGACAAAGAAAUUAGAAACAUGCUUGAAGCUGUAGAGAGGACUCAGCAAAGGAAGCUUGAAGAAUUACUCUUAGCAGCAGCCAGAGAAGGCAGAACAGCUGAUCUCAUAGCUCUGCUCAGCAGGCCCAAUCCUCCUGAUGUUAACUGUUCGGAUCAGUUAGGAAAUACUCCCUUGCAUUGUGCAGCUUACCGGGCCCAUAAGCAGUGUGCCUUAAAGCUUCUGAAAAGUGGAGCCGACCCCAAUCUGAAGAACAAAAAUGAUCAGAAACCUUUUGACCUUGCCCAGGGUGCUGAAAUGAAACAUAUUCUUGGUAGUAAGGCCAUCUACAAAGCGUUGAAACGGUACGAAGGCCCUCUCUGGAAGAGUACGAGAUUUUUUGGCUGGAAGUUAUUUUGGGUAGUGUUAGAACAUGGAGUCCUCUCCUGGUACAGGAAGCAGCCUGAUGCAGUCCAUAAUACCUAUCGCCAGGGAUGCAAACACCUGACUCAAGCAGUUUGCACGGUGAAACCUACUGAUAGCUGCCUCUUCUUUAUCAAAUGCUUUGAUGACACCAUUCAUGGCUUCAGGGUUCCCAAGAAUAGCCUCCAGCAGACAAGAGAGAAGUGGCUGGAAGCAGUUGAAGAACACUCUGCAUACAGUACUCACUACUGCUCCCAGGACCAGGUGGCUGAUGAUGAAGAGGAAGAUGCAGUUUCUGCUGUAUACCUGAAGGAGUCUUUAGAGAGAGCACAAGCAUGUCAGCAGAGGCUAGAUAGGGAGAUUUCCAACUUUCUCAAAAUGAUUAAAGAGUGUGACAUGGCUGAAGAAAUGCUUCCAUCAUUUCUUCAGAAAGUUGAAGUUAUCUCUGAAGCCUCUAGAGAGACGUGUGUAGCUUUGAGUGAUUGCCUUGAUCUCUUCACUAAACAAGAAGGGGUGAGGAAUUUUAAAUUGGAACAGGAGCAAGAAAAAACCAAAAUUUUGUCAGAAGCACUGGAGACUUUAGCCACUGAACAUCAUGAACUAGAGCAGUCCCUGGUUGAAGGUUCUCCGCCUCCGAGCAUCCUGAGUGAGGACGAGUUCUAUGAUGCGCUGUCAGAUUCUGAGUCCGAGAAGUCCCUGACUCACCUGGAAGCAGUGACAGCACGUUCAUUUGAAGAGAAGGAAGAGUGCUCGAGCAGUGGAAAACACAGGAUGUCUGAAGGAAAAGAUUGUGGUGGGAGAGAUGCGCUCUCCAAUGGCAUCAAAAAGCACAGAACGAGCUUGCCUUCUCCCAUGUUUUCUAGAAAUGACUUCAGUAUCUGGAGCAUCCUCAGAAAAUGUAUUGGAAUGGAACUAUCCAAGAUCACGAUGCCAGUCAUAUUUAAUGAGCCUUUGAGCUUCCUUCAGCGACUAACUGAAUACAUGGAGCACACUUACCUCAUCCACAAGGCCAGUUCCUUCUCUGAUCCUGUGGAAAGGAUGCAGUGUGUAGCUGCAUUUGCUGUAUCUGCUGUUGCUUCUCAGUGGGAACGCACUGGAAAGCCCUUCAACCCACUCUUGGGAGAAACCUAUGAAUUAGUUCGAGAUGACCUUGGAUUCAGACUAAUCUCAGAGCAGGUCAGCCAUCACCCACCAAUCAGUGCAUUUCAUGCAGAAGGAUUGAACAAUGAUUUCAUCUUCCAUGGCUCCAUCUAUCCCAAACUGAAGUUCUGGGGGAAGAGUGUAGAAGCAGAACCCAAAGGAACCAUCACCUUGGAGCUCCUUGAAUACAACGAAGCAUAUACAUGGACAAAUCCCACUUGUUGUGUGCACAAUAUCAUCGUGGGCAAACUCUGGAUCGAGCAGUACGGCAAUGUGGAAAUCACAAACCACAAGACUGGGGACAAGUGUGUGUUGAAUUUUAAGCCAUGUGGCCUUUUUGGGAAGGAAUUACACAAAGUUGAAGGCUACAUACAAGAUAAAAGCAAAAAGAAACUCUGUGCCCUCUACGGGAAGUGGACUGAGUGCUUGUACAGCGUUGACCCCGCCACUUUUGAUGCUUACAAAAAGAAUGAUAAGAAAAAUACUGAAGAGAAGAAGAACAGCAAGCAGAUGAGCUCUUCAGAGGAGUCUGAUGAAAUGCCAAUGCCAGAUUCUGAAAGUGUAUUUGUUAUCCCAGGAAGUGUUCUCCUGUGGAGAAUAGCUCCGCGGCCUCCCAAUUCUGCCCAGAUGUAUAAUUUUACUAGCUUUGCAAUGGUUUUGAAUGAAGUAGACAAGGAGAUGGAGAAUUUGAUUCCUAAGACAGACUGCAGGCUGCGGCCUGACAUCAGAGCCAUGGAGAAUGGAGAAAUAGAUCAAGCUAGUGAAGAAAAAAAACGACUUGAAGAAAAACAAAGAGCAGCCCGCAAAAACAGGUCCAAGUCUGAGGAGGACUGGAAGACAAGGUGGUUCCACCAAGGGCCCAAUCCCUACAAUGGAGCACAGGACUGGAUUUACUCUGGCAGCUACUGGGACAGGAACUACUUCAAUUUGCCUGAUAUUUAUUAAAUUGUGACAAGUCAGAAUGUUUGGCUAAUGCACAAAUAAUUCUUAAACUUAUGUUUUUAAAAAUUUCCCCCUUGGUUUCUACUCAUCUUUUAAAAGGAAAAAAAACUGAGAUACUUUGCAUUUCAUCAAACAAGGUAGGGCAUGUAGUCAUAUUGAUGAAGGUCUUUGGAAAACUCUUUUAUAGAAAGGUAAGAAACUGCUGGAGGUGCUUUUUCUGGUUACUAUUCCCCUAUGUACUGGAAGUUAUACCUAAAUGUAACAUGUAGCUUUAUGGAAUUACAUAGUAAUCCAAAGUCAAGUUAUUUUGAAUAUUUUAGAUGUAACUUUGAAAUGUUUAGAAUUCUCCUAUACAAUGUUUAAGUGCUCAAAUGUAGAGGCUGUCAUUUUUUAAAACUAAAUUGAUAAGGUGGCUUUUACUU